AUGGUUGCGGAUGGCCAGUUCAUCCUGACCGUCGGCAAUCACUUCAUCGGUCUCCGGAAGAAGGACGGCUGCCUAGAGGUCAACCACGGACAUCGAAGUCACGAAUGGCAGUCUGCGUGCCGGUGGCAGACGGGCGUCGCCAUUGGCUUCUCCGCAGAUCUGGGCCAGUGGCUCAUUGAUCCAGCGGCCUGCUCUGGGCUCUUCUGCAUCGAGGACACGGAUGCCUGCCGAGACGCCGGGGCAGACCUUGCUGGUGGAGCCCUCGACAGCAUCCCAGUCCAUCUCGGCAAGGACUUUGUGCGCAACCUCGGGGAUCUCCGAUCGGUUGUCCACUUCGAACGUGCGUGUCGAGAUGCACGUGAAAUGGUGGCGCUGCCAGAUGUCUGGGCCGACAGGCAUGCAGGUAUCUUGCCGGCAGAGGCCGUGAAGGCGAACUGGCUGGGGGCUGGGAUUUCGUUGCUUGCCAGAGCAAUAGCAUCCUCUCGUGUCGUGGCUGUGGAAUGGCCCACGUGCGAAUCCCGCAGGACUGUGUGCGGAACAACUAUCCGAAAAUGGAAGUUGCAGCAGCCCGCGCUCUCUCCCGUAUACUUCCAGCUAUCUGCCAGGGAGAGCGCGCAGCGAGUCGUCAUCUCCGUGGGAAGCUCCUCCCGGGCAUGCGACCGCUGCUGGUGCCAGAUCAAUGCACCUUUCGAUGACACCGUGGCCAUUGAACUGGGACACAGUCGGCUUGGACGCCCCAACGACGCCUGCGUUGCUUUUCUCCCAGCAGUCCUGCCAGAACGACUCGUGCAGGUCCAAUGGUGGAACAGAACCUUGGAAGUCUUUCUGGAUGGCCCCAUCGGAUCGGAAUGCUGCCACUUCAGGACGGACUUCCUGCUUGCGUCGGCCGAUUUACGCGGUGGGACGGUGGAGCUUAUCACAAUUGCUCCUUUGCAGGCUCCCUGGCUCGGAUGCCUAGAUGACUUCCUUUCUUUGGCAACCUGUAAUGCUGACUUCCGACAAGCUCUCCAACGUGGUAAUUUCUGGCACGAUGUCGAACUCAAGCUCAGCGAGCACCUGAGAGCGAGCUUCCGACAAAGCAGUUUCUUCGGCAAUCUUCUGCAAGCGUGGGCGCAGGGCAUUCGUGUGCUUUCCUGCUCACACAAACUGCUGCACGCGGUGUCUGUCCUCGGGAACAGGGUCAUACUUCACGGGAAAGGAGAAUAUCUUCCUUGUGUGGUGUCUCCGGUUCAUCUUCCGUCUUCGACAAGGAUAACCUAUUGGAGGUCGGAGAAGCAGACAUGCCGGUCGGUGUCCCUGGAGAUUUCUCUUCCUUCGGAAUCUCGGUUCCUCGUGCUGGCCCUUCGUCGCGUCCAGCACAUCAGUACCCCAGACAACAGCACCUGCAUCGUGUUGCGGAAACCACUUGCAGCAGAUGGCGGUGUAGAGUUCCGGCUCCGUGAUGGCCAGCGGGUUGCCGGUCCCGGUCGCAAGGACGUCACCCUGGCUAGCAGCUCCGCGCACACGUACCACCUCGAGUGGAAGAGAGAGUUUCUGAACUUCUCUUUGGAUCAGAAAUGCAUUGCCAGUGUUCCAUUGACUGUAGAGCAGAACCUGGACCCGUGGCUUCGUCCUGCAGCAAUGUGCGUGGCUCCGCCGAGCUCGUCCGCCAGGGACUUCCGAGUGACCAAUCUCCCUUUUCGGUACUCGGCAGAGUUUGGGCACCCAACGUGUGCAUAUUGCUACAAGGAAAGCCUAGCGUGCUGUCAAAACUGCGAACACUGGUUCUGCGAGCAGCACGGCCUGGCAGGCACGGAUGUUUGUCUCUCCUGCCUUCCAGAAACCUUCCUGGAGGACCGGUUGGCAGGGUCUUCCAUCGGGAGCACCACGACUUCACGGCUACAAAUCGAAAGACGUCGACUCCAUGCACUGCGGCGACAAUACUUGCGCUUUGCGAGCGACUUGCAAGGGUUCCAGCAGCUAUGUGACCGUAUGGAGACCCUUGAAGAGCUUCUGUGCGAUACGAACCCGGAGGAUUUCUCCCCACAGGCGCAAUUUGAUCAGCCGAUGCAGGACACAGUUCUGCGCAGACUGCAAGAUGUCGUGAAUGUUCAGGAAGCAGGAACCUUCUUCGUUGUUGAUGACACCCAUCGAAGGACUCCCGGGCACUGUUCAUUGCGAGACUUUGAACUUGAGGUCGCUCUUCCGGCGUGUCUGCGACAUGGUGCCUGGCCACGUUCCAUCUGCGUGGGAACGCCCGCGUCUUUUGACGUCGAGAAGCUGGCUGGAGUUGUCAUUCUAGACGUUCUCGCUGUUCUGCACUCGCACCCGAGGGACAGGGAUCUGCUCUUCAGGGAUGCAGAUCACUCGUACACAUGGAGAGGCCAGAGAGUCAGUCUGUCGGUCACUGGACUCAUUCAUUCCCUCGCUCAAAGCUUCAACCCGACCGCUGCAUUGGCAGCUAUGCGUCGGGGGAAGAACUGGCCUCGUCCUGAGUACGUCGCGCCCGACAUGGUGCAAGAGUUGCAGCGACUUCUGGAAGGAGACACGUCGGCCAGCGUGGAAGUCAAGCGUCUCCUUUCUGCUGAGGAGGUCGACGUGGCAGCUGUGUGCCGCCAUCUUCGCGACCUCAUCUGGACGCACCCUGGGUACGAAUACCUGGCGACGGCUGCCUCCUUGUCAGAUUCCCAGAUUCUGGCAAAAGUGGGAGCGCAAUCGGAGAGCUCUGUCCCCGUGGCAUCGCCAGAAAUCUGCAUGUUCCUCAAGUUCGUGCGACUUUUCCAAGCAGAGGGGUGGACCUUCCGAAGAACAGAAUGGGCCAUCUACGCAGAAGCCGAAGAUUUGGCUGGCUCCAUCGACGCUGUGGCGGUGCGCGGCAAUGACAUCUGUCUUGUCGAUUGGAAGAGAACGAAACAACUCUCUUCUAAAGACUGCAGCUUCGGACGUCACCUCCACUAUCCGCUGCAGGAUGUUCCGGAUGCAGUUCUCUGGCAUUAUCGUGUUCAGCUGAACAUUUAUGCCUGGAUUCUGCGCCGGUAUUAUGAGGUCGUCGUCACAGACCUGCGCAUCGUCUGUUUACAUCCGGACAAUGGUUUUUCUCCUCUGAUCGUCUCCAUUCCUGUUAUGGAAGACGCCAUGGAGAGGCUCAUGACCUGGCGACGGGAUGACUUGCAGUCCUGCCUGCAUCUCUCGCGUGCUCGAACUAUGCAGGAUCUCCGGGCAGGAAGUCAGGUGAGCUCGGAUUCGUUCUCACAGAGGGUGCAGGAGGAAUUGGAUGCUGCGAUGCAGGAGUCGCUGGAAGAACAGGAGACCUUGCAGCCGAUUCCUCAGGAAACACCAAGUGCGAAGAGGCCACGAACCGACCUCGUGGCAAAGCAAUCUGCCCUGGAGAUUGCCGUGUCCGAGUUCAUGCAAACAGACCUGGACGAUAUCGUUCCCGCGCGAGAAGUCGACGCACCUGUGGAGGACGGGGACAUCCUGACAGAAGUUCAACGAAAUCGCGUCAUCGUCGAGUCUUUCCCAGGAAGUGCAACGUGGAGCUCCAAGUUUCAGCAAAUCGUGCAAGGUGCUCUAGCUGUCCAGAAUCUCCGCCUGCUGGACAUCAGCCGUCGAGAGGAAGUUCUUUUCCUCGAGCUCAUCGAAGGUUGCGGGUACUCUGGCGCGGUGCAAAGCUUCCUCAUGCACCUGGAGGGCCUCUACUCGAUGUUUGGCGCCCAGGUCCUGCGUCGCACUGAAAGCAUCCUCUCCGAGACAGAGCGGCUUCUCGAGCAGCACAAUGGGUCCUGCCCGGCCCUGCUAGCAGAAUGCGCGCGGGCAGCCAUCUGCCGAGUGCCGACACGCGCAAAGAAGUUCGGGCAAGACGAGGAGGAGGCAGAAGCUGAAAACCGCGGUGGCGGGUGCACCUUGUGGACUGUGGCCAUGGCGAACACCAUCGGCAAGCUUUAUGUGAAAUUGCAGGGUGGCUUCUGCACGACCGAUGGCUGCUUUGUUUUUACGCAGAAUGGAGGCUUGAUGGCGGUGCGCAAGUCGCCGGACAAUAGCCUUUAUGUUCUGCUUCCUCACCGCAUCCUGGAUCCUGUCUCGAAUGAAAUCAAGAACAGAGUCGAGAAGUUCUGGAAGACGACCUACUGGGGGAACGCAGGAGCUUUCCAAGUCUGCAUGGCCUCGCUGACUCUGGCGCUGCGCAUGGGGAGAAUGUGGAUCGCGCUUUCUGGGGCGUCGGCUCCGGCGGGGUCGGCCAGAGUUUGCAGACUGCACAUCUGGAAGCUCUCCUGGGGAACUACCAUUCCUGAGAUGCGGAAGCAGGCCGCGCGACUCGUGGGAAAGAUUGUCGUCACGGGACAGGAAAGCGUGCAAGGCUCCCGCAAGUCUAUGCGGGAGGACAUCUACAAAAAACACAUCUCCGCAGACAAGGUUCCGGAGCGACUUCCAUAUUCCAUCGACACUUCGCUGGUCGAAUUGCGUGGGUGGAAGCGCUUCGAAAUGAAUGCCUAUCCUAAGUUCGUUGGCGUGACGGAGGAAAACUUGCCCUCCAUCUUCCGUCGGACCGCAGUGUGUCGGUACAAGGCAACUUUCGUGGAUGCAGCUCGUAUUCAUGGUCAAGAAGACAGAGCUGCCGAGAAGGGCAUCUUCGCCAGGGAUCCGACUCUGAAGGACGCUCUACGAGACAAUCCUGCCUGUGUCGUGACCUUGCGUUCUGUCUGCAAUUUUGCCCGGCAUUACACUGCUGCAGACUGCCGAGAUAUGUUGGAAAGGUACGUCCAUGGAGGGGAUGAAGGCCUUACCAGCAUUGCUGUUCGUAGCAGUUGUGGUCUGGCCGUGUCCGAAGCAUCUCUUGUGGAUCCCAUCGAGGUAGUUCUCGCAGCUGCUGAACCGCCGCAGCCCGUGGACGAGGUCGAGCGUGUGCAAAAAGCACGGAGAAGUGAGCAAGACCGGACUAUGGAGGAAAUCCAAGGCUGGCUCGUGCAAGAUCGCAAAGAUUUUUUCACUGCAGCUCAAGUGAAAAAUUGCAGAACCCGCACCUUUCUGACCUUCGACCGGAAGAAUGCGCAAGACAUUCUGGACAAGCUGGAAGGAGAUGGCCGGCUUCUUUCCCUGUCAACGGUUCUGCAGAAAGCCGGGCAGACGACCAUAUAUCUCCCGCGGAUUUCGGCGCAAAAAGCCUUGGGAGAGGUCAUUCCGUUGGGCCCAGAUGAAAACAUGUGUUUCACGGAGGAGUUCAGCAUGACCCAGAUGCGGCAGCGCCUAGCCCCGGAAGCUUCUCGCAUGCUCAACCUCAAGACACUAGCCAAAAGUUACAAGCAGCGGAAGGCUGGCGACAGCAAGAAAAAAGGGAUCAAGCGAAAGCAGGUAAACGAGCAUGACAGUGAUGUGAAGCUUGGGGAGGAGUUGGCCAUUAUGCAAGAUAAGGACGCGGACUUUUUCGAAGAGAUCAAGACCUUGGCGGAAGCGGGGGAACAAUCUGCUGAUGGAGUGGUUGCCGUACAGCGGGAGUACUUCUACUCCAGGAAGGAAAGAUCUCGUCGUUUCGUCAAGCAAAGAGGGGCACAGUCAUGCUCCCGGCUGGCGAGGGCCGUCUGCUGUCCGUCGACGCGAGACUUAGACUUGCACGCCAGCAUGUUCAACAUCGUAGUUCAGCUGGUGGAUGCGCUCGUGGUGCCAGAUCUCGACUUGCCUGCUUGGCGUGCCGUGGCUGCCGAUCGCAAAAAAGUCUGCGAGGACAAGUUACAUUGUUCCGAAGCAGAAGGCAAGCAACUCUUGCUGGAAACUGCCAAUGGCGCUAGCAUGGACAAGAAUUCCCGGUUGUCUGCGGACGGACAGAAAUUUCUGCAGGAGCUUUCGGAUGAAAGCCGCGCCCUACGCUGGCUGGCAUGUACACAGUUGCCGGACUUGUACACGGAGAUAAGGGGCCAGAAGAAGUCCGGCUGGCCUGAAGCCACGGUCUUCUCGUACUGGUGGACUGCCGCAGAAGAUUACAUUCUGCAGCACAUCCUUCACGGUAUUCGAAUGCACUACUUGCCAGGGCAUAUCUCUUGUCAUUUCGACGGAGUUCUCGUGGCAAAGUCUCUCGUCCUCGCAGUGGAAGAGAAGGUGGAACGCGACAUGAUCGAGUAUCUCCAAGAGCACGUUUCGCGUGCGACUCCUUUUCGCAUCACUCUCAAGGACAAGACUCUUCCCGCCUUUGAGGAGAAGCUGCGAAGCGCCUUCGAGCAUCUCUCCGACAUCGCGUGUUUUGGCGCUUCCACAGACCUGCUGAGCACAAGCCCGAACUCCAUCCCGGCAGCUUUGGUCUUCAUCGGUGCGGAUCUGCAGCGUGUCGUGUCUUCCUUGGAAGAGGAGUCCCCAGCCAAUGCGGUGGCCGAAACUCGAAACGUUCGGCGAUACGCCGACUGGCAUGGACUUGACACAAAAUAUCUUCUUCCUGCUGGCAAAUUGGAAGCACCUCGCCAGAAGAAUUGUCUUUUGCACAUGGAGCUUCCGGAUCAAUCCUGCUGCUUGGGCGUCCGGGCUCUUGUCGGCGAAGCAAUUCGAGUUUCCUGCAAAGGCAAGAGCUUUGAGACAACUUGGCAGAGGCUUACCGCGGUGAUAGAAUCCUUCGUGGGAACCAAGGAGACCAUGCUGUUCGAGAUUGUCGAGAAGGACCCCGAGUCGGACCACGCGGACACAGGUUUCCUUGAUUUGCUUGCAGGUGCGUCUGUUGCCAGCAGCAGUAGAAAACGACCCGCUGCUGCCAUGGAUGGAGAGCCAGAGGAGGGCUCGCGCAACGAGGGGGAGGUCAACGUGGGCGAGGAACUCAGAAGGCUGCAGGAAGAAGUGAACGAAGCUCUCCGCGCCGUAGACUCUCAAAGCAACACCACCUUCCUUUCCAGCGUAUGCCCGUGCUGUCCUUGGCGACGUUUCGAAAAAAGAGCAAACCUUCGGCGGCACCUGAUUUCGCAGCACAAAGAGGCAAAGAGGUAUUGUCCAUCUGGCACCAAGCAGCUGCGAAUAGCCAUUGCUUUGUAUGACCACGAUGCAAUCGCGGGUGGAGCCAUGAGUGCAGGCUUCCUGAGACGGUCGGCAGCCAUCAUGAGGGCCGACGUAAAGCCUCCUGUACCGACAACAAAUGUUCACAUCGACAAGACUGUCAGGUACGUCCUAGAUGCGAACGGUCCCCGCAUCAUGGCCUUGCAUUGCAUCAAGUCAAGCAAGGACCUGCGACGUGUUGGCAAUUUUUACUACACGUAUGAUUUUGCCUGCGCUUUUCUGCAGGCGGCAGCUGCAGGGAAUGGUUCCCUUCAGAAAAUAUAUUCUGCAUUUCUGGGAGCCUGCACGCGCCAUGAUGGCCAGCUUUCUUCCAUCAUACCUCGAGCCACCAACGGCUUUUGGACAAAUGUCCUCGAGGAUUUGAUGCAGGCACCUCCAUUCCAUGAAUUCCGUCAGCGUCUGCUGGAGGACUGCAGAGCGCAUGACGAGUUCCGGUACCUCAGUGUUGAUGCUACCUUCAAGAUCAACCUGAAGGUAAUUGGACAGGCGGACUUUCACGCAUCGCAGUCCUCUCGGGCUACUGCUGCCAUACCUGAAGCCAGCGCAGGUUACCGCACACUAACCUGUCGUGGCCGCGCAGGGGCAGCUGUGCUCAUCAGAGUCGUCCGGUCCGAGAAGGCAACGGUCGUGGCCGAAACUCUAUCCAGCACUUUGCCCGCGGAUCAUCGAGCCCAGGUUGUUCAUGUUGCCUCUGAUGCACCAUCGGCAGAGAUGUUCCGAGUCUUGAAAGGCGUGCUGCCCAACCUGUGCAGCAUCUCCCUCGAUGCCAUGCACAUCGUGAUGGUGUAUCAACAAAAUAUGAACAAUAAAAAGACACAGGGGAGUCGAUGGCUUGCACUUCUGAUGGACAAGUUUCGCAAAAGACACCCUGUCCGCACAGCUGCGUCCUGGGGGCCCUUCUACACUGGGCAGGUUUUACCUUCUUCCAGCGCAGAUGUCCGAGCCAUGCGAGAGCGUCUAGAAGCGCCAGACAUGUCUGCCCGAGAGGCAUAUGAGCACCUCGAGACUGUGGACCCUGAUCAGCCCUGGCUCACCGAGAUCGGGUUCCUUGAGGCAGUCCAUGCUCACCUUUCUCUGUUCUAUGACGAGGUGCAGAAAAUCACAUAUUCGGGAGUCUCUUUACAUCGGCUGAUCCUGAACAUGGCCUCGCAGACAAAAGUCCAAUGGCUGCUCAACGACACUCGCUAUCGCCAAUCGGUGGAGCGAGAAUCCUUGGUGCUUCUGCCCAGCGGAACCACAUCCAACGAGAGCCUCCAUCACGAGAUCAACCACUGGUUCCGGGAGACAGCAACUUGGUUGCACCUGUCCUAA